AGAAGUGUGGCCCAUGCACAGGAGACGCGGCUAUGAAGAAUGAACAGGGUGCCAAGAAUUGCUUGGAGGUGUCGAGGUGUCACUGUCAGACAAGCAAAAUUACCCAGAAGUUGAAGGUGGGACAAAUGGGGGGCAGUGGUAGUAAAAGGGCUACUCAUUUGCCAGCAAGUGCCACCAGGGGGUACGAUCUAUCCCUGUUCUAAACUGUCCUUAUCUAAUGACGCCCGAAAUCUAUGCAUGAUUCGAGGAG